AUGCUCAACCGCUCAACAGAGACAGACUCUGCGUAUCAACAGAGUUGGAACUUCUCCCCACUCAGUAAGCUUCAGCUUGGCAUUAUUAUUGGGAUUCUAACAGUCUAUUCACUUAUUUACCUCAUCUAUGCACAACAUCAUCUCAUCGUCCUUUACAUAAUGACUGGAUUAAUAUUUGCGUUGAUGUCCUUACUGUACACUUCGGGUAUUCUAGCUGUAACAUAUAUGCUGAUCAAGAUGGACAAACUUGAAAAAGAAGUGGAAAACUGCACAAUUACCAAAAUCGCUAUUAAUGAUGCUGAAAUAAAAGUAGUCGAUAAAUAG